AUGAGCAACCAUCUCUUCUUGCUACAUGUUCUCCUACCACUGCUGUUCUUCCACCAGGCGUCUGGUCAAUUUCCCCGUGAAUGUGCCACAGUUGAAGCGCUGAGAAGUGGGGAAUGCUGUCCAGACCUUUUCCCUGGAGCUGAUCCUGGAACUGACAGGUGUGGGUCUUUGUCUGGAAGGGGCAGGUGUGAAGCAGUGACUGCUGACUCACGGCCCCACAGCCCCCAAUACCCACAUGAUGGCAGAGAUGACCGUGAACGCUGGCCCACUCGCUUCUUCAACAGGACCUGCCGCUGCAAUGGUAACUUCUCUGGUUACAACUGUGGGGGGUGUCGACAUGGGUGGAGAGGAGACAACUGUGACCAAAGGAUCCUCACAGUUAGAAGAAAUCUUCUGGAUCUCAGUGUGGCAGAAAGGGAUCGAUUUGUCCGUUCUCUCAACCUGGCAAAGAAUACCGUCCAUCCUCAGUUUGUCAUAGCCACUAGGAGGUCAGAGGAAAUAUUGGGACCAGACGGCAACACUCCACAGUUUGAGAAUAUUUCCAUUUACAACUAUUUUGUGUGGGCCCACUAUUACUCCGUCAGGAAGACUUUCCUGGGGACAGGACAGCCAAGUUUUGCAGGUGUGGAUUUCUCUCAUGAAGGGCCAGCAUUUCUCACCUGGCACAGGUAUCAUCUGAUGCAAUUGGAAAGAGACAUGCAGGAAAUGCUUCAGGACCCCUCUUUUGCACUGCCCUAUUGGAAUUUUGCCACUGGAGGAAAUUCAUGUGAUAUCUGCACAGAUGAUUUGCUGGGAUCAAGAAGCAACUUUGACUCUACUCUUAUAAGCCAGAACUCUGUCUUUUCUCAGUGGCGUAUUUUAUGUGAAUAUCUGGAAGACUAUGAUACCAUGGGAACCCUUUGUAACAGCACAGAAGGGAGUCCAAUUCGUAGAAAUCCUGCUGGAAAUGUAGCCAGGCCGAUGGUGCAACGACUCCCUGAGCCACAGGAUGUUGCUCAGUGUUUGGAAGUUGGUUUAUUUGACACACCUCCUUUUUAUUCCAAUUCUUCAGAUAGCUUCCGAAACACAGUGGAAGGAUACAGUGCUCCUUCGGGGCGUUACGAUCCUGCAGUACGGAGCCUUCACAAUCUGGCUCAUCUGUUUUUGAAUGGAACAGGGGGGCAGACCCAUUUAUCUCCAAAUGAUCCUAUUUUUGUCCUCUUACACACUUUCACCGAUGCAGUUUUUGACGAAUGGCUGAGGAGAUAUAAUUCUGAUAUAUCAACAUUCCCAUUAGAGAAUGCUCCUAUCGGACAUAAUAGACACUACAAUAUGGUCCCAUUCUGGCCCCCGAUUACCAACGAUGAAAUGUUUGUUACUGCACCAGAAAACCUGGGAUACGCAUAUGAAGUUGAGUGGCCAAGUCGGGCUCUCAGUGUUUCAGAGAUCAUAACAAUAGCAGUUGUGGCAGCCCUAAUUCUGGUUGCCCUCAUUUUUGGUGUUACAACUUGUAUUGUUCGUGCCAGGAGAAACAAAGAUGAAUUACAGCAACCCCUUCUAACCGAACAGUAUCAACGCUAUGCUGAAGAAUACGAAAAACUGCCUAACCCAAACCAAUCUAUGGUGUGA